AUGAGCAAAAUGAGUGAUGACUUUGUCGAUCAGCAUGCCACGUAUCAAAUGGAUCCGAUGGAAGAUGCGAAUGUAACCGAAAGAUUGGAGGGACAAAGUGGAAAAAUUUCCAAUGCAUUCAAUGACAUGAAAACUGAUAUAUCUGGUGAAAAAGAGCUUCAACGUAAGGAGGGAAUGUGCGUGAAGACUGGAAUCUGUGGAGGAUGUUGUCAAAAAGACAGAUGCACCUGCAUUCAACCAGAGAGCCGGAGAAGAAAUUCGGAUGUUCGGAACAAGGAGAUGUGA